AUGGCAAAGAAGAAAUCUAGGUCGAGAUCCAAAGUCGCCAAAAGAGCUCAGAAUGCUCUGGAAAUAGCUGAGAAAGAAUUAGCGGGGAACGAAUCCGGAAGUGACGAACGUCUUGAUUAUGAAGAUGAUAAUGGACAUGUAGUGAAUCUGCUGAGGAAGGUCCAAGGUGGUGACGACGAAGGAAGUGACGAAGAAUCGUUCGAAGAUGAGGAGUUGGAUUCAGAUGAGGCACUUGGAUCUGACGAUGAUUUCGAUGUAUUGAACUCCAAAAUGUCACAAACCAUUCGUGAUCGUAAAAAGGGUAAAAAAUCUUUGUCUUCAGAAGAUGAAGGUGGAUACACGUCUAUCGAUGAGGCUGAUCUUGUGCCUUUGUCCCAAGUUUGGGAUAUGGAUGAAAAGGACACAAACGAAGAUUCCGAUGGCGACAGACCUGAGACCAAAUUACAGCUUAAGGGUAGCGACGACGAGGAUUUGAGUGCAGAAGAGUCAAGCGAAUCUUCUAGCGCAGACGAGGGAGACGACGAUGAGGAUCCUUUUGAUGAGAUAUCUGAGGACGAAGAGGACGUAGAGUUGAAUACCAUCACGAAUGACCUGUUGAAACAAACAGAGAACAAAAGUUACAAGAAAUUGGACAAUUUUGGAAGUGGUAAAGAUAGCGAGUUCAGUUUGCCUACUGGCAGUGGGACCAAAAAAUUGAAUUUGGCAGAUUUAAUGAGUGUUGUUGACGAUAAGGAUGCUGCUGCCAAUGCCAGACUAAUUCAGAAGGACACAUCCGCGCUCUCAGUUCCUUUGCCUCAGAGAAUCCAGGAAAGAUAUAACCGUAAGGCCGCAUACGAACUUUCUAAGCAAGAAAUUGAGAGGUGGCAAGAUGUGGUCCAACAAAACAGAAGGGCUGAGCAUUUGUCUUUCCCAAUGAAUCCCCCAACCGAACACAACCAUGCUUCUACCUUUACAAGGUCUUCCGAGGAACCAAAGACUAAACUACAGGAGAAAGUGGAUAGUGUUCUCAAAGAAAGUAACUUGGUGGAAGACCAGAAAAAUUCAACUUUUGAAGAACUUGCCACUGCAAAGAUGUCUCCAGAAGAAAUGAAAAAGAGAACCGCAGAGGUGAGAUUGAUGAGAGAGCUGAUGUUUAGAGAGGAAAGAAAGGCCAAAAGAUUAAAGAAAAUCAAGUCUAAGGCCUACAGGCGAAUCAAGAAGAAAGAAAUGCUAAAGAACCGAGAAAUGGCCGGCUUAUCUGAUGAGAGUGACGACGAUCAUGAAGCCGCGAGAGCCAGAGAAAGAAUGACUUUAAAGCAUAGAGCCAACUCGAAAUGGAGUAAGGAUAUGAUAAAGCACGGUAUGGCCAACGAUCAAGCAACAAGAGAGGAAAUUGAAGAAAUGUUGAGGCAAGGCGAAAGGCUAAAAGAAAAGAUGCUGGAUCACAAUUCCGAACAUGAAGAUGAAGCUGGUUUGAGUGAUAUUGAGAGAGAAGGUGUUGAGCAGGAAUCACCGGAGAAGAGAACAGUCGGUAAGACGGGUGUAAUGGAUAUGGCAUUCAUGCAAAACGCCGCAGCGAGGGAGCGUGAAGCUAACAGUGAGCUGAUAGCGGAAUUGAGAUCAAUUGAAGGUGACCAAAUAGAGGAGGAAGAAAGUCACAGUCAACUGCUCCCUGAAGAUAAUCAAAACAUACAAAUCAACAAAGGCAGAAGAAUUUAUAUACCUGGUUCUUCGUCAGCAAAACAAGCGUCGGGUCAAAACAAGGCCGAUGGUGUUGAAGAUGGGCAAAUCGUUGAGAAAUAUGAUGAACCGCUAUCAGGUGAAGAUGAAGCUCAGGUAAAGGAAAACUCCAAGAGUUCAAAUCCUUGGUUAGAUGGAAGUGAUGGAGAAGAAGAUGUGAAGGUUUUUCGCUCCUCAAAGGUGUCUGUGGUGGAUAAAGACAGCUCUAAACUGGUCAAGAGUGCAAAGAAGAUCGAAAAAGCCAGCGACAGACAGAAGAGAAAGUCAGGCAGUAAAGGUCGUCAAGAUGAUGAUUUGUUGCUGGAUCUCGACAAAACCAAUCGUUUGCAGAUCGUAGAUCCAUAUGCAGGAUCGGAUGGAGAAGAUACUGGAUUCAUGUUCAAGCAACAAAGUUCGAUAGCUGAAGCCUUUGCAGGUGAUGAAGUAGUAGACCAAUUUGAGGACGAAAAAAAGAGAGUCGCUAUUGAUGAGGAUGACAAAGAGGAGGAUGUAACUUUGCCUGGUUGGGGUGCAUGGGCAGGCACAGGGGCCAAUCCAAGGAAGAAGAGAAAGUUUGUGAAGAAGAUCAAAGGUGUGGCCUCUCAGGAUAAGAGAAAGGACAAAAACUUGAAGAACGUUAUCAUCAACGAGAAAGUGAACAAGAAGAAUUUGAAAUACCAGUCCUCUGCGGUUCCUUUCCCCUUCGAAAGCAGAGAGCAGUACGAGAGAUCUCUACGUAUGCCACUGGGUCAAGAAUGGACAUCCAGAGCUUCUCAUCAAAAGAUGAUCAAGCCAAGAAUCUUGACAAAACCUUCCCAAGUGAUCUCACCUUUGAAGGCUCCCUUCAAAUAG